AUGUCUCCAAGAUGCAUCCACGACAUUAUCGCAAAGUCAUCUCCCUCGCACCGUAUACCAUAUUUGUCCUUGGUGCAGGAAGCGGGCGUUCUGUUCCUCUUCGUGAUUGUCACGAACUCCACAUCCGUGCAGGAUAUCAUCUGCUUGCUGAAGCGGAGAUGCCUGGUUCCAGCUGACCAGACAUCCCUUUACUUGUAUGCGGCGGUACCGCACACACGGCAGCUAUGGCUCCACGAACGACUAGGAGAGCUUGGGUUGGGCCCGAUGUCUCACGUUCAUGUUCGCAUACGUGUCCUUGGUGGAUCCAACCCCUCCUCGUCACCGUCACCAAGCAGGGAGCCACACACUCCAUCACGUAAGCGAGCAUGGCCUUCUACCGCACCAAUCCAUCCUCGGACGACUCUCCUGCAAAGAACACAUGAGCACGCACUGGUCUUGCUCCGAAAGCGGAAGAGUCAUACCUCUUCCGACUUGGAGGUUUGGGAUAUGCCUGACGACGAAAUCAUUGCUCUCACGCGUAGUGCAUGGAAGUCGAAUGCAUAUGAUCACUAUAAUAUUACUCUCGAGCGGAACUUCAUGAAGGAUGGCAAGGCCGACCAUCUCCUCUUCUGCUUCAAAUGUAAAUAUGAUCCCGCUAACCACCGAACCCAGUAUCGCGAGCGGAGCAAGACAAGCCAAGGCACGAAGAACCUUGACCGCUCCACGAAAGCCUGCUUCAAGCGGCGAGGUGUCGGGCCAUCAGAUGACCCCCAUGCGGGUGCGCAGCAGACUCUGAUGAACACAAUCUCCAGUGUCGUGGACCCAUAUUACCUUGAAGAAGUGGAGCUUCUUCGCCCAGGAACUAAGGUACCCACACCAUGCAUGGUCUCACGGGAUGUGCAGCAGAUCUACCAAGAAGGCUCUAAGUUCAUCAAAGAAUACUUCUCGAAACUCGACGGAGCCGUUCACCUCGUUAUUGACGGGUGGACGGCGCCUUUCGUGGCGUCAUAUCUUGGCAUCGUGGUAAUCUGGUUUGACGGCGACAAACUCUGGCGCUCCAUCUUGGAGUUCGUUCGCUUAACUGAAAGGCAUACUGGCCUGUAUCUUGCGCAGAAGGUGGCGGACUGCGUGAAACAAUUCGGCCUCCAGAAGAAGCUGCACACACUCUGCAUGGACAAUGCGAGUAACUGCGAUGCGACCGCUACUGAGCUGGAGCCACUCGUUGAUAGUUUCCGUGGUGCCAUGUCGCGCACUCGUUGCUUCCCGCAUACAGUAAAUCUCAUUGCCAAGGCAUUCAUCUCAUUCUUCUUUAGGCAGCCCAAGAAGAAGAAGGUCGUGAAGGUCGCCGCGGGAUCGAAGCGCAAACGACGUGGUGCUGGUGCACGCCAGCAAGCAUCUGCACCUGAAGCACCGCCACCCGGAGAGCCCGAGACUCAAGAGGUGGUGCUUGAUUACGGGGACCCUUUGCAUAUCAUUGACGAGACAGUGGAUGGCACCCAUGAAGAUGAUGAUAUCUCUGCUCUUGAUGAUGGGAAGGCUGCUCAUGAUGAGGCUGCGGUAAGUUCAGUACAUGCUCAAGCAAUUCGCAUUGCACGGGAAGACUACCAUAUUACAAUGACCGCACAAGAAGAAUCCGAUGCACAGAGUCUAUUUACCAAGGUAGCAGGACUCGCUCGUCGCCUUCACGAUUCACCCACCCUGCAGGAGAAAUUCGAGAAGUUAGUUGAUGCCCAAGCAGACCUUGUCGGAAGAAAGAAGGCUCUUGACCGUCGAGUAGCCACGAGAUGGAACAGUGAUUUCGCAUGUCUGAAUGCGCACAUCCACUUCGAGACUCCUGUGCGACAGCUUACUAGUGACCUGAAGAAUGAGCUACAGGAGUACGCGCUGACUAGGGAACAAUGGUCGCUGGCUAAGCAGUUGGGGCCAGUUCUUGAGAUCUUCCAAGAUCUCACAGACCUCUUCUCACAAGCCGAAGUUCCCUUGAUACACGAGACAGUCCCGAUGCUGGAGCAGCUCGAACAUCAACUUACGGCAGUCCGCGAUGAUGUGGACGUGGAGUUGCCGUCUGUCAUCCGCAUCGCAGCACAGGCUAGCCUGCUUGUCGUCGGGAAGUACUAUGCAUUGACCGACGACACGGAUGUAUACCGGAUCGCUAUUGCCAUGUGUCCUGACAAGAAGCUCGAGUGGUUCAACAAGAACCCCGAUUGGCGAGCAGAAGAUCGUACGGAAGCAGCGCGCAUCCUACGAGCGUGCUGGACCGAAUCUUAUGCUGGUGACUCAAAUGGCAUGUCUGUGAACACUCCCACUGUUUCGGUGAUGGCAUCCACAUCGAAGAGAGGAAAGUGGGCAAGCUCAUUCCGGAAUGAGCCCUCAACCAGCACACAUCCCAUUGACAGCAUAGAUGCCUAUCUGGAGUCCCCGCUUGUCUCAAGAGAUGAUGUCAAACAGGCUGGCGGAGUCUUGGCAUAUUGGGCACAAGCAUCGAAAACGCGUCCUCGCCUUGCUCGAAUGGCGCUCGACUUCCUCACUGCACCCGCAUCAUCUGUAGAUGCCGAGCGAGCCUUUUCCGGAGGCCGUCUGACUGUCAACCACCUUCAGCACCAAACCUCGUCUCAGUCAUUCAAAGCUCAGGUGGCAGUUGGGUCGUGGGCAGGAACUCCUCUAUUGCAGGAUACAAAGACAUGUGCCAGCUUUAUUGGCGGUAAAAAACGGUCAACGAGUGCAAAGGGCAAGGAGCGGGAAUCUGCCUUUGGGAGACUACAGAAUCCCCGGAUCAUGGAUUCGGACGAUGAGCGCAUUGUUGCAGAAGAGGAUCAAAUGAAGCAGAAUGAUUGCUACCAUCCGAGAUAUACCCCGCGGCAGCAGUUGUCCCUGCGAUUAUACGAUAUAGAAGAGGCUAAUGGAAAAUGGGCUGAAUGGGAGAGUAGACUCAUUGGUCAGCAGCGAGGAGAACUUCUCGACGAUGAGUCCGAGGAUAAUUACAGCGACUUCUACAAGACCUAUCGCCUCCGGCGUUUGGUUGAUAGCUUGAGGGGGUUUCAUACGGGUCAGCUGGACCUAUCCGGUCGCAGCCAGCCGCGGUAUCAUUCUUUGAUGAAGCGCCUCUCCCAGUUCCUUGCUGAUCUCCACAGCGUUGCUGCCCAUGUAACAGUGGUAGAGGAACAAGGCGAGCGACGUACCAUGGUUUCAUCCCCUGAAGUUCUCAAGAACUUCAGGAAGAAAUGGAAAUUGGCGGUGUGCGUUGACGUUGACAACUUGGUCAUGUACACCAACGACCUGCAAGAAUUCUUCGAAAAGUACCCAGAACCAAUAUUUCAGAAGAUCUCACUUUUCAGUCUUCCCCCUGAGGUUAUCCAUAUGUCUUUGAGCCACAUGGACGUAGAUGACGCCCGUAAUUUUGAGGCUACUUGUCAUGUCCUCCGUGACAUGUCCCGCUCCUACAGAUAUCAGCGCCGUAACAUCAUCUUUCCCUUCUUGGAUAGUUCUCAGCAAGUUGAACUUGGAGACGGGCAAGUGAUCGAAAAACCAAACAGGACAAAUGUCGUUCAAACCAUGUCAAAGUUGAAGGAGACGUUGUUGAACGAUGUCUCGUUCCUCUUCUCCCGCCCCGACAUCAUUCGAAGUAUACGUCAGUUAAAUAUUGGGAAUCGCUGGCCCCAAGAGCUGCUGCGGAAAUUAGGCCUUGAACACGGUACUGUCCCGAAUGCCAUCUUCUACAUGCCCAUCUGGAACGCAAUUGAGAAGGUGCUGUCUUGCGGCGCGUUGGGCAUCACCAUCUUGAACCUAGAGGGGAUAGCACUGUCUAGGGACAUGAUCCGUGCUAUGACCCGCCUCUCUUCACUCCAAACACUCACCCUCGAAGAUUGUCGCUUGGUCCCGGAUGUCCAUCACGACUGGAUGCAAGUUGCUAGACCUGUACUUAAUCCCCUCACGAAUGUCACAAUCUUCCUCGGCGACACCCCAGACCCGGACCGUAUUAGGGUCCUCGAGUUGAUCGCGCUACUCCCUCGCGUGCGCACGCUCUUUCUCGUCGGCCCCCCUUUCAUACUUCCAGAGGACGCAUUUUUUGGCGGCCUCAAUACUUUCGCUACGGUCGAGCGGCUAGUCGUACAAUCGCUGAUACCCAUGCAUGUUCCCCUGCUGAGCAUGUGGAUGAGCGGGGAGCCUCGCAUGGGAUUGGACCCGCUGCGCCUUACACACUUCAAGAUUGGGGCCCUGUGGAUGAAUCGCGAUGACGUGCUCCAGAUGAUCGACCGGCUGCGUACUGCCCCCUUGCAGACACUCGCGCUUGAGGGUCUCCGCUCAGUCGAUCGCGAGCUGUUUCACAGGCUGGCUGGGGCGUUCAGCGGGCUGCGCUCAUUGACGUUGGUUUACCGCGACAGUGUCCGGCAAUGGGAGAACAGGGCCGCUGUAUGGCCGGGAACGACGUGGGAAUAUGCUCCGCUCCUGGCGGGAUUCCCCAAUCUGCGCUACUUUGGCUGGAACUUCCGCCUCAACAGUCUCUGGAUCGGCACGACGCACUAUCUCGAGCGUAUGGAGGCUGGGUAUCCUGAGGAUCCAGAUGACCUGGACGGAAUGCGACUAGACUACUCGGAUUGCGAGUUGUGGCAGUGCCUUCCACGACUGUUCUUGGCUUAUUGCCCGCAGCUGGAGCAUCUCGCGUUCCUGUCGCAGUCGUUGCCGCAGACAUGUUUUGAUAUCGACAGAGAUAAGGGGAGUAUCCGUAUCACGCCGUGGACGCAAAUUAUCUCGUUGUGUGAUGAACCUAUACUGGAAAAGUUGGCACUAGCGAAUCCCGACGCAUCCCAAUUGAUGAGGGCAGAGAAACAGUGGUAUUUUGAUACCAAGGGUGCCCAUUAG